AUGGACGCAGAACACGAGUAUGAAUGGAAUGCAACACAGAGUAUCUUUAUCAGUGAAGAUCUUUUGAGUGCUGAUAAGCUUCAGCUGCAAUUUCUUGCAGUUGUAGACAGAAACCGUUGGCUUUAUCAAGGCCAGACAUUGCAAUGGGCAAUCUAUAGAUUAGAUACAAAUCAGAUUGUGAAGAAUCAAAUAUACGUAUUCAUUCCAUUAAUCGUAAAUUUCGCAUUUGUGUUUCAGUUUUCUACUUCGUAUUCAGUUUCCGCCGAUUUGAUCAGAUAUUUUAUCAUUUGGUGUAUUAUGUCGAAUUCUAGUGUUAUUGAUGGUGAUUUGUAUUCUUCUAUGAGUGAGAGUGAAGAAGAAGAUGUUGAGAACUCAUUUUUUGAAGGUGGUGAAUCUUCAAGUUCACUACAUGAUGCACAAUAUUGUGAUGAUAUAACUGGAGAAGAUGUCUAUAAGCCAGAUGUACCUGUUAAACUUAUUCCAUUUAAGGGUUUAAUCUUCAAAUCAUUAAAGUUGGCUAUCAAAAUGCAUUCUGAGUAUGUUGAAAUUGGUGGUUUUGAUGUUAGACUGAGUACACAGUCAAGGUUUGAUAACAAGAUUAUAAAGAAGAAACAUGUUAUAUCUAAUCGUGGUGGUAAACAGAAAAAGAAAUCUUAUGACACAUUAGGUACAAGUGGUGUUAUGAGGAAACGAAAUUCAAAUUCAAGAGCUAUUGGUUGUCAAGCAAAUAUUAUAUUUGAAUCUGUGUAUGGAACUCCAGAUUAUAAAGUUUUUCAAUUUGAUGAACUUCACAACCAUCCACUUAAGAAGAGAAGCGAUUUAAAAAAAUUGAGACAAAUGUCAUAUUUAGAAAAGGAGUUUAUUGUGCGUGCUUCCACAUCAAAAAUAGGUCCAACUAUGGCUCAUAAGUUGAGGGCAAGUUUGAGAGGUGGGUAUGAGUUUGUAAAGCCAAAAGUAGUUGACUAUAAAAAUUUAAGGAGAGAUAUCAACAAGGUUAUUGGUUAUAAAGAUGUCCAGAUGAUAGUAAACACAAUGAAUGACCUUCGAGCUCAUUAUCCAAAUUACUCAUUUGAGUUUAAUUGUCAAGAUGAUGUUUUGGACUGUAUGUUUUGGGCUGAUGAAAUGGAGAAGACAUAUUAUGCUGAAUUUGGUGAUGUUAUCUCGUUUGAUGCGACUUUUCGAACAAACAAGUAUCGAAUGGUUUUUGUUUCGUUUACUGCUAUUGACCAUCAUAAAAACUCGGUUACUGUUGGAUCUGGGUUGCUAAGCAAUGAAAGCAUUGAGUCUCACUCUUGGUUUCUUAAAGCAGUUCUUAAAACUCAUGGGAAAGAACCAACACUUGUUUUAACCGAUCAAGAUGCUACAAUAAAACAAGCUGUUGAGAAUAUAUCAUAUGAUUUAUUUACUAACAUAGACUUUAGAAAAAGGUUUUCAAAGCUUGUUUGGGACAUUGAUAUGAAACCUGAUGUUUUUGAGGUGAAGUGGGGUUUGCUUAUGAAGGAAUUCAAUCUUGAAGACACAAGAUGGUUUAAAGACAUGUUUACAAUACGUGAUUCAUGGAUACCUGGAUAUUUUAGUGAUAUUCCAAUGUGUGGUUUGAUGAAGACUACAUCGAGGUCAGAGAAUGGUUGGGAAGUUUACAUUGUGCAGCACAACAAUAGUACAAGUGAAUUUAAAAAUGAAUUUAAGGUUGAAAUAAAAGCUGAAGAAAAAGAAAUAAAUUGCAGUUGUGAACAUUUUAAGCGUAUGGGUGUUUUAUGCAGACAUGCUUUUACAAUAAUGAUGAGAUGUGGUGUUAAAGAAAUUCCUGAAAGGUACAUUUUGAAGAGAUGGAGAAAGGAUGUGAUAUCAAGAAAUUAUUGUUUUAGUUCUGUUCAAUCCGAUUCAGGUGAUUGUGAGAAUGUAAAGCUAGUCAAUGAUUCAUAUUAUAGUUUUGAAUCAUGUUUGGAUAUUGUAAGAGAUGACAAAAAGAGAUUGACUUUGUUUGCUGAGAAGCAACAAAUGUUGUUGAAGGAAUUUGAGAGUGAUUAUAUUUCUCCUGGAUUGAAAAGCAAGACAGAUGGUGAAGUUGUAUUCAAGCUUUUGGGUGUUACUAUUCCUAUUCCAGAAGAGAUUAAUAUUCAUGGUCCUGAAGUUCAAAGCAAUAAAGGUUCUAGAAUUAAGAAAAGAAUUCCAAGUGCAGGUGAAGUAGCAUAUGAAAAUUCUAAAAAAGAACAUAGAAUGUGUUCAGGAUGUAGAAAACGAGUUCCACACAAUUUACGUACUUAUCCAGAAAGAGUUGGAGCUGAUAAAUCAGCAAAAGACAGUUAG